CCGGCUCCCAGGAACAUGAAAGGCUUGUCUGGAAGCCGGAACCCGCCGCCGCUAUGUGCAGGCCACACCUGUGGCGUGGCGCCCCCUGCCGACUGCGAGCACCCGCUGGACCACCUCCGCCACGGGCCGGACACGCGGCAGCCCUACCUGCUCAGCCCGGCCGAGAGCUGCCCCAUGGACCACCACCGCUGCUCUCCGCGGAGCUCCGUGCACUCCGAGUGCAUGAUGAUGCCCAUGGUGCUGGGCGACCACGUGUCCAGCAGCACCUUUCCCAGGAUGCACUACAGCUCCCACUACGACACCAGGGACGACUGCGCCAUGCCCCACCUGGGCGCCAAGAUCAACCGCAUCCCCGCCAACCUCCUGGACCAGUUCGAGAAGCAGCUGCCCCUGCACAGGGACGGCUUCCACACGCUGCAGUACCAGAGGGCCUCGACGGCCGCGGAGCAGCGCAGCGAGAGCCCGGGCCGGAUCCGGCACCUGGUGCACUCGGUGCAGAAGCUCUUCACCAAGUCGCACUCCCUGGAGGGCUCUUCCAAGAACCACGCGGACGGCACCAAGGGCGACGGCCGGGCGGACGAGCACCACCACGGCCACCAUGCCAGGCACGGCAAGCGGAGCCGCAGCAGGGAGCGGAAGCCCGAGGCCAAGCACAAGUCAGGCUCGAGCAGCUGGUGGAGCUCGGACGACAACCUGGACAGUGACAGCACGCACCGGGCGCCCAGCGUGGUGAGCCGGCACCACCUGGACCCCUUCCCCCACUGCUACCCCGAGGCCCUGCAGAGCCCCUUCGGGGACCUCUCGCUGAAGACGUCCAAGAGCAACAACGACGUCAAGUGCUCGGCCUGUGAGGGCUUGGCCCUGACGCCGGACGCCAAGUACAUGAAGCGGAGCUCCUGGUCCACGCUCACYGUGAGCCAGGCCAAGGAGGCCUACCGCAAGAGCUCCCUGAACCUGGACAAGCCGCUGGUGCACCAGGACAUCAAGCCGCCCCCGCGGCAGUGCCACUACCUCCAGGUGCCUCAGGACGAGUGGGGAGGCUACCCCACCAGCGGCAAGGCGGAGGAGAUCCCCUGCCGCAGGAUGAGGAGCGGCAGCUACAUCAAAGCCAUGGGAGACGAGGACAGCGGAGAGUCGGACUCCAGCCCCAAAACGUCCCCGACAGUGGCCCUGCGACCAGAGCCCCUGCUGAAGUCCCUCGGACAGAGACCGCUGGGAGACCACCAAACCCAGAGCUACCUGCAAGCUGCAAGUGAGGUGCCCGUCGGUCACAGCCUGGACCCCUCUGCCAACUACAACUCCCCGAAAUUCCGCUCAAGGAACCAGAGCUACAUGCGGGCCGUGAGCACCCUGAGCCAGGCCAGCUGCGUGAGCCAGAUGAGUGAAGCAGAGAUCAAUGGGCAGUUCGAGUCGGUGUGUGAAUCCGUCUUUAGUGAAGUUGAAUCUCAGGCCAUGGAUGCCCUCGACCUGCCCGGAUGUUUCCGAACAAGGAGUCACAGUUACCUUCGAGCCAUCCAAGCUGGUUACUCCCAGGAUGAUGAAUGUGUCCCCGGGACAACGCCCUCCAACAUGACAUCCACCAUCAGGUCGACAACAGCGGUCUCCUAUACAAAUUACAAGAAGACACCCCCUCCGGUGCCUCCUCGGACCACCUCCAAGCCCCUGAUCUCCGUGACAGCCCAGAGCAGCACUGAGUCCACCCAAGACGCCUACCAGGACAGCCGUGCCCAGAGGAUGUCCCCAUGGCCCCAGGAUGGCCCCAGCCUCUACAACUCCACGGACAGUUUGGACAGCAACAAGGCCAUGAGUCUAGCCCUAGAAACGGCCGCGGCCCAGCGCCAGGCUGACAGCCAGGGCAGCUCUGUGCGGACCAGCGACAAGGCCAUCCUGGUGUCCAAGGCUGAGGAGCUCCUCAAGAGCCGCUGCUCCUCCAUCGGGGUCCAGGAUUCUGAAUUCCCAGAGCAUCAUCCAUACCCAAGGUCAGAUGUGGAAACGGCUACGGAUUCGGACACGGAGAGCCGAGGCCUGCGGGAGUACCACUCUGUUGGAGUGCAAGUAGAAGACGAAAAACGGCACGGGCGCUUCAAGCGCUCUAACAGCGUCACGGCUGCUGUCCAGGCCGACCUGGAGCUGGAGGGCUUCCCGGGACACAUCACCAUGGAGGACAAGGGCCUCCAGUUCGGCUCGUCCUUCCAGCGGCACUCGGAGCCCAGCACCCCGACGCAGUACGGGGCGGUGCGGACUGUGCGGACGCAGGGCCUCUUCAGCUACAGGGAGGACUACAGGACCCAGGUGGACACCGCCAGCCUGCCCCCGCCUGACCCGUGGCUGGAGCCCUCCCUGGAGGCCACGGACACUGGAAGGGUGUCCCCGUGCCGCAGGGACGGCUCCUGGUUCUUGAAACUGCUGCACACGGAGACCAAGAGGAUGGAAGGCUGGUGCAAGGAGAUGGAGGGGGAAGCGGAGGAGAACGACCUCAGCGAAGACACUCUCGGGAAGAUCCGGAGUGCCGUGGGGAGUGCCCAGCUGCUCAUGUCGCAGAAGUUCCAGCAGUUCUAUUGGCUCUGCCAGCAGAACAUGGACCCCAGUGCCAUGCCGAGGCCCACCUCCCAGGACCUGGCCGGCUACUGGGACAUGCUGCAGCUGUCCAUCGAGGACGUCAGCAUGAAGUUCGACGAACUCCAGCAGCUGAAGCUCAACGACUGGAAGGUGGCAGAGUCGCCGGAGAGAAAGGAGGAAAGAAAAGUCCCCCCUCCAAUACCAAAGAAGCCCCCCAAAGGGAAAUUCCCCAUCACGAGAGAAAAGUCCCUGGACCUGCCCGACAGACAGCGCCAGGAAGCCCGGAGGCGGCUCCUGGCGGCCAAGAGGGCGGCCUCCUUCCGACAGAACUCAGCCACGGAGCGUGCCGACAGCAUCGAGAUCUACAUCCCGGAGGCCCAGACCCGGCUCUGA